CAAGUCAGUCAACCGAUGAUGUCAAUUUGAAUUUUGUUUGCUGGUUUUUGUUGGUUUCCUGCAAUAACUUGCGUUUCUAAGAUUUUUUUAAUGCAGUAUUUGCCAGAAAACCUUCUGUAAUAGAAAUUGUACAACAAAUAUAUUUUAUGAAAUGACCAGCUGCGAUAAUGAAAAAAUUCGGUACAGACCCUAAAGUUAAGAAAACACUAAUUAGAAAUUAUGAAGAAAAAGCAAAAACCUGCUCCCGCAACCACGAUGAACAGACCAAUGCUGUACCAAAACAAAAUCUUCAAAACAGACAUACUCAUAACGAGAAUGAACUUGGCCAACCAACUUUAUGUUCUAGUGAGGUGUUAGCUAAUUAUUUGACGGAUGUUACAAAAAAUCCACCUCCACUUCAAUGUAUCGAAGACAAAAAUGUUGAUAAAGAAAAAAUAAAUGCAAAAAUGACCAAGAAGUUAAAUUUUCAUUUUAAUGAAAAACUAUAUAAGAAUUUAGUUGAGCUAAACAUUAACGCUGAAGUUCAUAAAGCAAGGAAGGACAGGAAGCCUCUGAAAGCAACUAAGAGAGACCUCGAACCAAAUAUUGAUGAUUUCUGUGAAGAUGAAAAAGAAAAAGAUGUGCCACCUACAAUCCCUAUCCCUCCUUGUAAGUUUAAACCUAUAAGAAAAAUGGAGAGUGGACAGUUACAUAAAUUGAUGGCUUCUUUUGAAUUAUGACAAAUAUACUAUUCUGUACUUUUA